AGGGGGUCUUCCUGAUUACGGCCACUGUUUGCACAAGCACUCCUACAAACCCCCUGCAAGUAGCUGUUCCUAGCAGUUUUUAUACUCCUUCCAUAAACAGAGAAUAUCUAUCAAGAAUUACACCAAUAUGGUCAAAGUACUACUUCUGGUGACCAACCAUGGUAAAAUGGGCAAUCUGGACAAAAAGACUGGGUGGUACCUGCCUGAAGUGGCCCAUCCCUAUAAAGUCUUCAAAGAAGCUGGUUACGAAAUCAUUAUGACCAGUCCUAAAGGAGGAGACGCACCAAUGGAUCCAUCAAGCUAUGAGCAGUAUCGUAAUGAUGAAGACUGUCAAAUGUUCUUAGCUGACUACAAAAUCCAAGACAACUUUCUAAAGGACACAGUCCCAUUAGACAAAGUGGAUCUUAAAUCAUGUGAUGUAUUUUUCUGUGCUGGUGGCCAUGGGCCCAUGUUCGACUUGCCUGACAAUGAUCUUGUUAAUAACAGUGUGACUGCUGUUUAUGAGAAGGGAGGAGUGGCAGCUGCAGUUUGUCAUGGUCCUGCAGGAAUUGUCAACACCAAGUUGUCCAAUGGAGAGUACUUGGUGAAAGGAAAGAAAGUUACCUGUUUCACCAAUUCAGAGGAGGACGAAAUGAACCUCUCCCAAGCUAUGCCAUUCAUGUUGGAGACGAGACUUAAAGAGCAUGGAGCUGUGUUUAAUGCAGCCCCUAAUUGGCAAGCAAACGUUGAAGUGUGCGAUCGCGUUAUAACUGGUCAAAAUCCGAACUCUGCCACACCAAUUGCCCAGGCAAUUGUGAAAGAACUCCAGAAAUCUAAGUAAUUACCAAACUGAAGGCCAUGAACAUAUUGUAAAACAAUAUCACACUAACAAAUGUUGUAGUUGUUAAAACUUCUGUCAUUACAUACGAAUAAAAGCGUUCAUAAAGAGAAUGAAAAAAA